AAUAUAAACAACGAGAAUAAGUGAAAAGACAGUACAAAAUGUCUCUGAAAGAAAUUUUUUUAAAUGUGUCAUUGAGAUUACGAUUUCAAGGUGCUAUAAGUAGAAAACAUUAUUGCUCGAAGCCAAGUAAUAUUCUUGAGACUGCUGAAGAGCAACCUAUCUUCAAAGAGGAGGAAUUUGAUGUUGUAGAAAAAGAAGAUAGAAGAAACAAGUCAAGACUUACUCCUGGACACAGAAAUAUAUUGUUUGGUGAAAAGCCUUAUAAUGAAGCAAUAGUGUGGUAUCAUAACACAGUCAAAUAUAAAAAGAAAAUAUUAGGUAGAUAUGGUGUGAAAGCAUUAGGAACACCUGCAGGAUGUUUGUGGCCCACUCGUGAAGAAAUAAAAGAACUAAAAGAAUAUGAAAGAGUUGCAUUUCCAUUGGAUAUUCAAGAAAGAUUGCAAAAAAUUAAAGAAGAGAAAAAGAAGAAGGAGGAGGCUCUGAUAGCUAGGCAAGAGGAAAUAACUGUUAAAAUGGCUGGCAUGAAACAGCUGUUAAUCAGUGUGCAAGAAAAGAUUGCUAAGAAGCAAGAAGCAGAAUUAGAAGCUAAACUGAGGAAAGAACGCAAGUUAGAGAAAAUUAGGCGUGAAUUAAUUGCUACAGGCAAUGUGAGCAAGAAUAAACUAGAAAAGGCAUUGAUUGAUGUAGAAAAAGAUGAGAAGAAGAAGAAGAAAGAAGCUAAGAAGGCAAAGAUGCUUCAGCGACAACAAAAAAUGGUAGAGGAACUAACUAAAAAGCAUUUAGAUGAAAGUCAGAAGACUGAACCUAAGGAAGAAGAUGAAGAUGAACCACAAUCUAAGACAAAAUGAUUGAAAAAUCUAUGAA